AUGCCUGUCACCAUCAGGAGAGCCACCAUCGACGACUUGCUGUGUAUGCAAAAUGCCAACCUGCACAAUUUGCCCGAGAACUACCUCUUCAAGUACUACAUGUACCACAUCUUGUCAUGGCCCGAAGCGUCGUUCGUGGCCACCACCACGGACGCUGGGGACGAAUCGGACUCACACAUGGAGGAAUUGACCACGCAUCGCGCCGCGCACGCCCCAACCAAGCAGGACCCGUGCUACGUGCGUCCAGGCGAGAAACUGGUAGGGUACGUCUUGGCAAAGAUGAACGACGAUCCGGCCGCACAGCAAGCGGGCACCGCGCUCAACGGCCACAUAACGUCGCUGAGCGUGAUGCGCACGUACCGUCGCAUGGGGCUGGCGGAGAAACUCAUGCGCCAAGCGCUGUUCGCGUUGGCCGAGGUGUACAAGGCCCAGUACGUGUCUCUGCACGUGAGACAGUCCAACCGGGCUGCCCUGCACCUGUACCGCGACACGCUGGAGUUCGAGGUGUUGGACGUGGAGAAAAGCUACUAUCUCGACGGCGAAGACGCCUACGCCAUGAAAAAAGUGCUCGACACCGACGAGCUCCACCCGGCCAACUUCCAGCGCGGCCAGCUCAAGGACGACCUCGAGUGCGAUCUUCUGCAGGACCUAGACGCGGCCUCCGCGUCUCUACAACAGGGCAUCCAGCAAAUCAAGGUUUGA